CUGAAAAUAAAAUACUCCCUCUCUCUCUCUCUGUCUCUGUCUCUCUCACUCACUCCGUGCCUUCAUUGUUUCGUCUGGCAUUAACAUUACUGCAUAAUUCCUUUGACUUCAAUUCUGUUCUACUUAUGGAGUCUUGGAGUUUCGGUUCAGAAGGGAAAGGAUUUUUAUUUCCCGAAGAAAUAGAUAUACAAAUUGAUGCGUUUGCAAGGAGUAGAAAACCAUUGCUAGAAUGGGAUAACAAAACUUGCUUUAAUUUCGGUAAAGAAUCAGUUGACGGCAUGGAGUUCAUGGAAUUGGAUCUCCCUGACAUAGUGAGGAAGCCUUUUCAUACAAACCAAGGAGUGGAAAUCUUGAGUGGUGUGGUUGGUAAUGAUUCUAGUUAUAAUUCUGUAGCUUCUCCUACUUGUUUGAUUUCUUCAAGUUCAUCUUUGGGUGAAGGAGAAUCUGGGUCCAAGUUUUCGAGCCCGGUCACUGAAUCUAAUAGCCAGGAUUCAUCACUCAUUGCUUUGAAGCUAGGGAGGUUGGCUGAUAGCAAAAAUGGGCAGAAUGGUCAACAUUCUAAAGAGAGGUCUAAAAGGGGUGGCAUUAAGGGUUCAUACUCUCACAUUUCCACCUGCCAAGUCUUUGGUUGUAACAUGGAUCUUAGCUCCUCAAAGGAUUACCACAAGAGGCAUAGAGUUUGUGAUGCUCACUCCAAGACUCCCAAAGUGAUUGUUAAUGGCAUGGAACAGAGGUUUUGUCAGCAGUGUAGCAGGUUUCAUCUGCUUGCUGAAUUUGACGAUGUUAAGCGCAGUUGUCGUAGACGCCUAGCUGGCCACAAUGAACGCCGAAGGAAGCCUCAACUAGAUACCCUCAAUUGUAAACCGCAUAAGUUGCUUCGGUCAUAUCAAGGCGCUGGUUAUGUAGGAACUUCCUUUGCAAAGAGAACACCCUUUGUCUUUUCAGAUAUUCUUCCAGGUGGCAUUCUAUAUCCAGAAGAAUAUGCACAUGCUAACCAGUAUGGAAAUGUCAAAUGUGAAGAUGAGUCAACUUACAGUCAUUGUGUAACACCUAUAGCAAACAGGCAAAUGCUUCCGAAAUCCGUCCUUGGGAAACAACAUGCUCCAGGAAUUCCUUCGUCAGGAAAUGAAUACUCUGCUUUUGAUGCAGCAUCAACCAUUCAGAAAGCAUCUGGGUCCUCAAACUCCGGUUGUGCUCUCUCUCUUCUGUCAACUCAAUCGCAUAACUUACCCUCGAUAAUACAACAAAGUACUCAUCACAGUGUUGGUCAACUUUACGAAAAGCCUUCAAGAGUAAACUCCAUGGAAAAAUGUGGACAAAGCGGGUCCUACCUACGUAGUAUGAACUCCUUGGGGGUUGACCAGAUGGAAUCAGUAAUAGAUUCUAGUCAGGCUGUUGACUUCCAACUUCACACAGAUGGGGGUUUUCAAGAGUCACAUUGUUUAAGUACCAAGUAUUGUCUUUCUCCCGAACAUGGAACAACUUUUGAUUUGCUGCAAUUGUCAUCACAUCUUCAAAGAGUGGAGCAUGAGAGAAACUUUUUGCAAGUAAAACAGGAACAUGGAGAAUACUACUGUUUCCCAACUGCUUAAGCGUCAUGCAGUCGACAAUGUGAUUAUGUUGGUGGAGGCAGUUUGGGUUUUUCUGCAUCAGCAGUACUCUGACUAUAUUGGUGGAUUCUAUACAAUGGCUGGUAAAAACUUUAGAUACCAUUGGUGGUAAAACUUAUAUUCUGAAGGGCAAAUACAAGAGAAAAAAGCAAUGUGGAUUCUGAUAUUGUAAAGUUAUGCAAGUUGACACCUUUAUUGUAAUGUGCAAACUUUAUGCUAAUAUAAUGAUUUAAGU